AUGGCGACACGACAUUACGAGAGCAAUACCAGCGGUAUGAAUUUUGACCGGUUCCUUGACAAAUUUGACGAGUCAACCUUGGUGACGAUGAAACGACAUUACUGGACAGCCAAGCAGCUGUUGAGAACAAAACUCGGCAAAAAGGAAGAUGAACACCUUCAAGCGUCCGACGCAUCUCUCGACUCGAAAUUAACUCUGUUUCGGUCAGUUAGGGCCACAUCAGAGAAUCUGCUAGCUUGCAUUGAGAACUAUCAGGCCUUUCUUUUA